UCCUUUUUUGACUUUGCCAAUGUUGUAGCUAGCAAUGACUCUGAAAAUCAUGGCAGGACCUACUCUUGAUCAAACCACGCCACAAGGGAGAAUCCACGGAGAAUCUAUAGAGUAAAGAACACGCAUUAAAGGGCGAAAAUCAGACAAGGAAAUAAAGAUUCGAGAUCCUUCAGAAUUUUCCUUUAAUUACACAGAAGAAGUAGAUUUCAGUAAAUUUGAAAUAAUGAAAACUAGCCAGUCUUUAGAUAUCAAUUUUGACGAAUUUAAAUACAACAUUUUGGAUAUGUUGCAGCAGUAUGACAGAAAAGAAAUGUUUUUGAAAUGCUUAGUCUCAGCUGACAUAUGUACAUUGGUUUUUUAUGGCAAAUCUAAAAUUAAAUCAAUUGUGUACUUGACUGUAGACCUACAUAUGACAAAUCAAAAAGAAAUAUAUGAAGAGUUGAUUGUUGCUCUUAAUAAUCUUCAAGAAUCAAAUGAUAGGCUGAAAAAGCAAGUAACAAAUCUGAAGAAGUCUACAAGUGAGAAGGAUAGACAAAUCCAAGCAAUGAAUUCUGAAAUAUCUCAACUGAAUGAUCAUUUCUACACUGUAAGUUUAGUAGUAUACAAAGAUUAUGGCCAUAAAUUAUUAUCUUGAAUUUAAAGUCGGAAACGAAAAUUGUGCGAAAUUAAAAGACAUCCGAGAGUCAUAAAAAGCUCAAAGCAAACAUUUGGUAAACGCUGUUGGAAAGAUGUAAAAAUUACAUUUUUUCGGUUUUCUUCCGCUGCUUGUCGAACAUUUUAGUUUCGCAAAUUGGAAUGAGGAAGCAUACACUCUUUUAACAUCAAGUAUACUAAGUGACAUAAAUCCGAACACGCAGUUUAAAUGGUUUUAUUUUAAUAAAAUUUGGUAUAAGUACUUAAUGAAGCAUAAUAAGUAAAUGAUAAAAAUUUCAAAAUGAUUGCACUGCUUUAAAGCCCUUUGAACUUUAAUACGCAUUCUCCAACGCGCCUAGGCAUGCUUCUGAUCAGGUGGUCAAUGUCAUCCUGUGGUAUCUCAUUCAAGGCAACCACCAAC